GUGUCCCUGCCCUGCGCGCCGUUGCUGUGGCAGCGCAGGACGCGGCCAGAGCUGGGCCGCGGCGCCCUCCAUCUCCUCCUCCAAAGGCCUCCCCGGCCCCCUGGCUCGGGCCCAGCCUGCCGCUCCGCCAUGCCAUGGAGGAGGCGCAGGAGCCGGGUGAGUGCCCUGGAGGGCGGCCAGGAGGAAGAGGCGCCCCCGGAGGCUGCCGCUGUACCUUCCGCGCCGUUAACGUCCCCGCAGCAGACGGAGGAGGCAGCGGAGCGGAUUCUGCUCCGGGGCAUCUUCGAGAUCGGGAGGGGCAGCUGUGACGUGGUGCUGAGCGAGCGAGCCCUGCGGUGGCGGCCCAUUCUGCCCGAGCGCCCGGCGGGUGAUUCUAAGCAUGACUGGCUAUGUAAAGAAGAAUUUAUUGAACUCAAAGACGUAUUCUCUGUGAAACUGAAACGGCGUUGUUCUGUUAAACAGCAGAGAAGUGGUACUUUAUUAGGUAUCACACUCUUCAUUUGCUUGAAAAAGGAACAAAAUAAAUUAAAGAAUUCUACACUUGAUCUUAUUAAUUUAAGUGAAGACCACUGUGACAUAUGGUUUAGACAGUUCAAGAAAAUAUUGGCAGGUUUUCCAAACAGACCGAAGUCAUUAAAAAUAUUCCUUAACCCCCAGAGUCACAAAAAAGAAGCUACCCAGGUUUAUUAUGAGAAGGUUGAACCUCUGUUGAAGAUUGCAGGAAUAAAAACUGAUGUAACAAUAAUGGAAUAUCAAGGGCAUGCUCUGUCACUGCUCAAGGAAUGCGAACUCCAGGGAUUUGAUGGUGUUGUCUGUGUUGGUGGAGAUGGAUCUGCUAGUGAAGUAGCCCAUGCUUUGCUUCUGAGAGCCCAGAAGAAUGCUGGGAUGGAAACAGACCGAAUCCUGACACCUGUCAGAGCACAGCUUCCACUUGGCUUAAUACCAGCAGGAUCUACCAAUGUAUUGGCACAUUCUCUUCAUGGAGUUCCUCAUGUGGUAACUGCAACAUUGCACAUUAUAAUGGGGCAUGUACAGCUGGUCGAUGUCUGCACCUUCAGCUCCACUGGAAAGCUUCUUCGCUUUGGGUUCUCAGCCAUGUUUGGCUUUGGCGGAAGAGCUUUGGCUCUGGCAGAAAAAUAUCGAUGGAUGUCCCCUAACCAAAGGAGAGAUUUUGCUGUCAUUAAGGCACUGGCAAAACUUAAGCCAGAAGACUGUGAAAUAUCAUUUUUACCAUUUAACACCUCUGAUGAUGUGCAAGAAAGGAGGGAACAGGGAUCUCCCAAAUGUGACUGUAAUGAUCAGUGGCAAAUGAUCCAGGGUCAGUUCUUGAAUGUCAGCAUUAUGGCAAUUCCUUGCCUGUGUUCAGUGGCACCUAGAGGCUUGGCACCAAAUACCAGGUUAAAUAAUGGAAGUAUGGCUCUUAUAAUUGCCCAAAACACUUCUCGGUCAGAAUUUAUAAAACACCUGAAAAGAUAUGCCAGUGUAAAAAAUCAGUUUAAUUUUCCAUUUGUUGAGACUUACACUGUUGAGGAAGUAAAAGUUCAUCCAAGAAACAAUACCAGUGGAUAUAAUCCAGAGGAGGAGGAUGAAACUGCUUCAGAAAAUGGGUUCCCUUGGAAUGUAGAUGGCGAUUUAAUGGAAGUUUCAUCAGAGGUCCAUAUUAGAUUGCAUCCAAGACUUAUCAGUCUUUAUGGAGGAAGCAUGGAAGAAGUAAAUGAUUCCAAAGUCACCUGUAAUUGUUUCUAAAGGUAACGUGCAAACUAGAAGUUUAAUAUCAAGAAAUAUGGCCAUUCUUUAAA